AUGGGAGUAGACCGCGAGGAGGUGUGGGGCCACAUCUUUUGCGACCCCUCACAGGCGGCAGGCCUCACAAUUGCCCUAAACGGGAUUCAGCUUGGAAGUGCAGCCGUGCUACCGGCGUUCCCCAGCAGAGGAGCCUCCGGGAAAGGCUCAGGUGUGGACGGUUCUCCCUUGGGGUCAUUUGGACCCUCAGCCGAAUUCCGUAUCCCGCCUCUGCUGCCUGGAUCGUACCUUCUGGAGGUGCUGCACCCGGGGCUGAUCUUCCCAAAGUACCGGAUCGUCACGACAAGCACCGGCGGCAGUGAGGUGUAUCUGUUGAAUGAAUAUCUGGUGCCUUCCACUCUAGUCCCCCUUACGCUGCCCCUUAAGGUGGGACCCACAGGGGUUCCUCGGUACCUCCCGGCGCAGGGGGGAUUCAGCAUAUUGGAUUUGUUGCGACAACCCCUCGUCAUUUUGGUCAUGGUUUCCCUCGGUAUAAUGUACUUUCUUCGCAAAAUGCAAGAGGCGCAGGCUGAGGCGGAAAACCAACAACUCGAGCAGGAGGCUCAUGAACAGCAUGCCGUGGACAACUUGCAACACGAAGCCCCAGAGUCUGUCUUUGUGGAGAAGCUAAUACGACAAGUUGGCGGCUAUUAG